GAUAGCAACAUACACUAAAUAAAAAUAUUUUGGCGAUUUUUAUUUAUAAAACACAUCCGAAAAGUCAAUCAUUGGUGGCAUUUACGGUCGUUUUGGUGUUUUUAAGUGUGAUUUGAGUGGUGUUGAGUGAUGGCUAGCAAGGCGGAGAAAAAGUUAGCAGCGGACCUUCUGACGAGACGACGAGCGUGUGCUGAACGAGAUGUGGUGGAGAAGUUCGUAGCGGAUUUCACCUAUGAACGGGAUUGUUGCCAGGUUGCGGUACGUUUGGAGGCGCUCAACAAGUGCAACGAACUCUUCUUGAACGUGCAGAACGACAUCGAGAUGGGUGACAGCGAAGAACGGUUUGAAACACACCUGGAAUUCCGUGCUGAUUUUGAGGAUCGAUUCUGCAGGGCGAAGGGUUUUUUGCUGUCCAAACUGGAGAGUAGGGAGCAUCCGUUGAGUUCGACGAUCAUCCACGCAUCGGCUUCUCAUAGCAUGUCUUCCAGCUUUCAUCAUCGUCUGCCAAAAAUCGAUUUGCCGAAGUUUAGUGGAGAUGAAUCGCGCUGGAUCUCAUUCCGUGAUAACUUUCUCUCGAUGAUCCACUGCAACGAGGACAUACCGAUCGUCAACAAGCUGCAGUAUCUGUUGCAGUCGUUGGAAGGAGAGGCAAGAAAACCGUUCGAGUCUGUGGAUAUCCAAGCCGAUAAUUAUUCGUCGACGUGGGACGCGCUUAAGAAGCGUUACGAUAACAAGCGAUUCCUCAGAAAGGAGCUGUUUCGAGGCCUGUACAACCUUCCACCGAUCCAGUAUGAGUCAGCCCAAGACCUCAACACACUGGUUGAUGAUUUCCAGCGACACGUUAAGGCUCUGGGGAAGUUAGGCGAACCGAUCGAGCAUUGGGACACUCCGCUCAUCUUCAUCCUGUCAAACAAGUUGGAUUCGGCGACGAUUCGUGCAUGGGAGCAAGAUACUCGACAGAAGGACGAGGUGAAAUACGACGAGCUCAUCGAGUUUCUCAUCCACCAGGUCCGGAUGUUGAAAUCCGUGGACAGCGAUCUCCAGCAUCGUUCCUCAGUGCCCACCGUUUUCAAGGUGGCCGGACAAAUCACGAAGAAACCAGUUCCCAUCCGAUCUGUCGUGAACACAGCUACGUCCGAAACUCAAUCCAGUACUUCGCCAUGCCACUGUUGUUUGAGAACACAUCCGCUUCACCAAUGUCCAGCAUUUUCGAACCUAUCAAGCUCCCAACGUCGAGAGUUUGUGACACAGCACAGUCUUUGCUGGAAUUGCUUUCGCGCAAACCACCGGGCAACAUCCUGCAAAUCUAAGUUUCUGUGCAGGAUUUGUCAAGCAAAACACCACACCAUGUUGCACGACCACCAAAUAUCACAUCUAGAGCAACUCUCUACUGAGGAACCACAUCCCGUACAAGCGAAUCCAGGCCCCAGUAGAUUGCUUAGCCCCCCAACAGUAAAUCUUUCCGUGCAUUCUGAUUCAACCGUUCUCUUGGAGACAGUCUCGCUGUUAGUAGUCGACCGAUACGGCAGAAAGAUCCAAGCACGAGCUCUACUUGAUUCUGCAGCGAUGUCAAAUUUCAUCACCAAGAAGCUGGCGAACGAGCUCGCCACCCGUCAAAGUCCCGUGGACAUCGCAGUUGCCGGAAUUGGAGAGUUAGUCAAGCGUAUCAAGCACAAGUUAGCUGCCAAGAUCAUAUCCAGGAACAGCGACUUCUCCACCACACUCGAUUUCCUCGUCAUGAAGAAGCCAACCUCCCAUCUUCCCACAUCCCCGAUCGAUACAACUGCCUGGAAAAUGCCAAAGGUUCCAUUGGCGGAUCCUCAGUUCCACGUUCCAGCAACAAUCGACAUAAUCAUCGGUGGAGAAUGUUACCACGAGUUCCACACAGGCGUACGCCACUCUCUUGGUGAUAAUUCUCCGUUUUUGGUGGACACCCUCUUUGGCUGGACAGUUUCUGGCAAAGUGGAUUCCAGCUCCACCACCGCACCGCGAGCGUGCUUCCUCUCCACCGUUGAUCAAACCCGAGAAACGAUCCCUGGGGAGUUCCGGCCAAUGGAAACCGCCGAUGGGAGCCUGAGAACGGAAGCUGAACCCUCCACCACUCAAAUCCACGAAAAAGGAUCCGUCGCCCGCCAUUCCCGGCCCAAUAAUCCUAAAACCACCCUUGGAGAUUCGAACACGAAGGCCACACAACGUAACUCCACCAGAAAUGCACACCACAAAAUCCCUGGAAGUCACGCUCAGCCCGGAAAAAGGCACCGCAUCGAUUCUGUUGACGACAAACCACACUGCUAUCUGCCACAUCACCCGGUGCUCAAGGAAGCCAGCAAAACCACCAAUGAACGCGUGGUAUUCGACGCAUCCUGUGAGCCCAAUUCAAGAUACGCGCUCAACGAUACGCUGCUCGUCGGUUCCGUCGCUCAACACAGUCAGCUGUCCAACACGCCUUCAAGCGCCGCUAAGGUCAACGACAAAGGAGAAGACGCUGCCUGUGAAUCCUGCUGCUACUUUGUCCCUUUAGCCAAGCAGCCGUCAGUUACCUGUCUGGGGUUAUGCGCACCUGUCCUGCCAACGGAAUUCCGCAUACCAAAGCCGCCACGACAUCGUUGGAGAACUAUUGCUGCUAAUCGGUUAACUGCUAUCCAGAAGGAUACUGAUGGGCUCAGUAGGAGACGCGUUCCGGAAGUGCACAUCACAGCUAGUGAACUGUCCAGGUAUCUACAUUCCUCCAACUUCCCCGAAAACCCUGCAUGGCAAUCGUCGUUAUUGGAAAACUGGCCCUGUUCCGCCACCUCACGGCCACUCGAUCGCUCUACAAGACUUCAUCAAGGUCGAGAUGGAGUCAUUCAGUCAGCCAAGCGAGAUUGUCAUCUUAUUCACCGCCAGCAGUCAACAGGUCAACGUGACAACCCCCGACAACUAGUACAAAGCUACAAAGACCGGUAGAGCACGCCGAACGUGCUCAACGCGCUUAUAGAGCGCUAAAAGGUGAUUAGCGUUCCUAUAACUUUACUCCAACCGUUCGAUCUACCGGGUCUUUGUUGCUUACAGAUCCAUGUUCUACUAAUUUCACCCAUUUGCGGUAUUUUCAUCGAGAUCAAUCUACAAAGACCGGCAGAGCACGCCGAAUGUGACUCACUGCGCAUGUCGAGCGCUAAUAGGUGAUUAGCGUUCCAAAUUGUCACAUUUUCUUGUUCGAUCUACCGGUUCUUUGUCGAUUACAGAUCCUUUCCUACAUUAUUGCUAUAUCGUCACCGAGCAUUCAUCGCCAUGCACCAAGCCACGUCAGAAGCCGAAUCUUCUAAGACCGGUAGAGCACACCGAACGUUGCUCAACGCGCUAAAGGGGCGCUAACAGAUUCUGCACCAGUGCCUAAGUUGAGACGAAGCAGGUUCCUCGAUGUGCGACGUGCCAGUUGUGCCUUCGAAUCCAGCCGAAGUAGUGAACAGCUGCCUUUCCGACGCAAAGAUGGUUCAUGUCGGGUCCAAUCGUGUCUCUUGGUCCAACCGUGUACCCUGGCCCAACCGUGUCGCAUGGUCCAACCGACUGAGGAGCCCGCAAUCAAUUGGUCCGAAAUUGGUUGAAACAGCAGUUUCAAGGUGGCCGGAAUGAUCGGUACUGUACCGAUCAGGAAAUAGCAUCUAAGUUUUUGUUUGUAAUAUGUGUCUAGUUUUAUGUUCACUUGACACUUUAAUCCAUUUGCUCGCAAACACCACUUUCUGUACACGUACCCUAGCAUUAAUAUGUACUCUCUCGCAACAUAAGAACUUUCGCCGAGAGAGACUCACACAAUAGAA